AUGGGAGCACUUGACUCACGGUUGAGUGUACAACGUCACUUACUCACUAACGCUCUGGUCAACACCACUGUGAACACCACUCUGAGGCUUCUGCAGUACAAAUGCAAAGACUAUUCACUUCUGAACGCAAAACACGAUUCAAACAAAUUCUCGGUCUUCCUCUUCAAUGACCACAACUUCGCGUUUGAUAUAACGCACUGGAAGACCAUUCGUCACCCGUUUAUCGUGAAGUACUACGACUGCGGACUCUUCAGGGGUCGCAAGUGUGUGGUCACCGAAUGGGUCACUCCUGUCAAGCCGUUGAUGACCCAAAUGAACAAAGAGGUGAUCGCCAGCGGUGUCCACAACAUCAUCAACGGCUUGGCCUUCAUUCACACCACGUGUCGACUGUCUGUCAAUAACCUGAGUCUGGACUCGAUUUUCGUGAGCCGUUCCGAGAGGACUGACUCCUGGAAAUUGGGUUCACUUCUGUGUCUCAGUUCCCGAUCGGAGACCAACGACUUCUGUCAACGGCUCCUCAGUUACCAUAACUUCUUGGGAACCACCGAUACGUUGCCCGCAGAAGACAUUUCGUCGAAACAAAUCCAAUGCAUUCAAAAUGAGGAUCAAAUUCAUCGCAGAGAUGCCUACGCUUUGGGAGUACUGUUGCAGCGACUGCUGCCUGACCUCCAGUCCUCUCCAAUCAUUGAAUGUCUGGGAAGUAGUAGUCCUGAGAAGAGGCCGACUAUGAGAAGCCUCUUAAGCGAGGAUUUGUUUGCGAACUCAGAAUUCGUGAAAAUUAAGUCAUUUCUGACGAGUUUUGUCUCAUUUAAUGAGAGCCAGAAGAAUGAGUUCUUCAGUGAUUUGGUCGACAGAAUGAGACAAUUGUCGGAUGAGCUGAUUGUUAGCUUAGUCUCACUUAUAGUCAAUUCGCGGCUAAUAAUGUCCAACACUUCAGUUCACAACCAAUUGUUGCCAUUUGUGUUGAUUCCGGCCAACGAUUCCGACGAACAAAUGGAUUAUGUGUUGACUUCCGGGGAAACCAUUUCUCUGAAGCCAUUACUCAACAAAAAGGUCUUCAAAACCCGAAUCAUUCCAUUGAUUUGUAAACUCUAUUGUAUUAGAGAUCUGAGGAUUCGUUCAUUACUUUUGCAAUAUCUGCCAAAUUAUGCCUCUUUUAUCUCAACCGCAUGUUUACGUCAAUUAGUUUUACCACAAAUUCUGAUUGCAAUGAAAGACACGAACGACGAGUUGGUUGCCCUCACAUUCAAAGCCAUAUCACAUUUGGUGACCAUAUUUGGUGCUAAUGUGGUGUUGGGGCCCAGACUUAAGCUCUUCACUAAUGGUAUUCCUAAGCAUUAUAUUAAUGACGGAACAGAAGUGGAGUCUGUGACCAGUUCUGACAUUCGCGAGUCACCAGAAGUUGAUCAGAUCGAUGACCACACUAUUGCUCAAAACCAGUUGAAUGGAUGGACUGAAACAGAGACUGCGAGUGAGAGUAAUGGCAAUAUAGGUAUUAGUGGCGAGACAUUAGAGACAAACUCUGAUAAUAAGAGUGGCAUUCCUCGCGAAGUAGAGAAGUCUGUGAAUGCGAUGACAGUGAAGGCAAAGCCCAAAAAGAGCACUCCUUUACUGCAAAACGAUUUCGAUAUAAAAGAGUUGGACUUCAAGUUCGAAGACAACGAAAUCGAUAACUUGUUCUCGGAUAUGGAACCGGUGUUUAAGUUUGGAAACAAGCAUUUGAUUGCAGAACAGCUGAUGGGUCUCACGAGUGAUACUAACAGUUCCAACAAAUUCGCGGCCAAUGAGGAGUUGACUGAUGAGAUGGGCCUAUUAUGUGAUGAUUAUUGCGAAGAUAUAGUCACCAAAAUAGUGGACCAUCUGAACAGUGAUGAGUGUGAGCACCGGUACGACACCAUUCAACUGCUUCUAUCAGUUCCCGUUGCCAUCACUUUGAGAAACGAGUUGUUAAUCCAAAAGCUUAAACACUUUGCUGAAGAUAAGACUAAUGGUGUGAAUGGCAGUCAAGACAAAGUUGACAGCAAUGACCGCUCGGAUCUGUCCACUAUAUAUGCCGUCAAAGAUAUCUUAAGAGUGAUACUCAUCGAUGCCUUAGAGAAGAGAUUAGUUGGCAAACCGUUUGACACGAACUCGACAUUCAAUAUCGCACUCGACUUCACAUAUAAAGACAGUGACAAUGAGUGCCAACUCUUCUACGAUUUGACACCAAAAGCAUUCUUCCCGAAGAAAUGUCGCAAAUCGGCCACAAAAUCAUUCCUCAACCAGUCAUCCAUAUUGCGAGCCGUGGCUGAUAUGGACAGACAUGUGCUCUACGAGUGGUCAAUGACUGCCCCUAAAAGUAACUGUGAUUUGGAUUCAAUUAAAUUGACAAAUAAUGCCAUUCAUAUCGCGGGCCGGUAUUGCAAGUAUAGUAGACGUCUGUCUCAAACCCCGUGGCUUCUCGACGGGGAACGGCUUAUGGAGAGCAGCGUUCAGGACAUCAUUCAAGACAAGGUCCAAGAGAUCAUUAGUUGCGAUCAAUUAAAGUUCAGCGCUUCAGGCCGUGAGGACGUGGACGUGCGGAUGUUAGGUCGGGGCCGACCAUUCAUUCUCGAAUUCAGCGCUUCAGGCCGUGAGGACGUGGACGUGCGGAUGUUAGGUCGGGGCCGACCAUUCAUUCUCGAAGUAUGCAAUCCCAGAGUCACUACAGUCUCUGACAUACAGUUCCGCCAAAUUAUGUCCGCAAUUAAUGGCACACAAAAAGAUGUCGGCGUAAGAGAUCUUCAGAUUGUAUCCAAAAACGAUAUCCAAUGCCUUAAAGAGGGAGAAAAUGAAAAGACAAAGACUUAUAGAGCUCUUUGUUGUCUGAGCCGUCCUCUCACCGACGCAGACAUUGAGUUGUUGUCCAAAUGCGACGAUUUUGUGAUCGACCAGAAGACCCCGAUUCGUGUAUUACAUCGACGGACACUAUCUGUGCGCCAGAAACACGUCUAUAAACUAUGGGCUCAGAGAGUGACUGAAGAUGAUGUGGACGAGGAGUUUAAGGCAUUCAUUGACCGCAUGUUUUAUCUGCAUAUGAGAGCAGAGGCCGGAACUUAUAUCAAAGAGUUUGUUCACUCGGACUUCGGUCGCACAGAACCCUCUUUGGCCACUGUUUUGGGCGGCAAUUGUGCCGCAGAUAUCAUACAACUUGAUGUCAUGAACCCUCUUUGGCGACUGUUUUGGGCGGCAAUUGUGCCGCAGAUAUCAUACAACUUGAUGUCAUGCGUGACUGAAGUGCUCAGACCUCGAGGAGUGUCUCUCGACAGGAAGAUAUUCUACGACCCGAACAAAGACUUUCAAUGUCUGGACGGAUCGGCUUCUCUGCCAUUUAUGUUAGUCAACGACGACUACUGUGACUGCGAGGACGGCAGUGAUGAGCCGGGAACUAAUGCCUGUCCUAAUGGCCUCUUUCAUUGCUCUAAUCUCGGAUACCUCGAGAGUCUGAUCCCGUCCUCACGAGUCAACGAUGAUUGUUGCGAUGCCAGCGAUGAGUACAACAGUUCAGCCCAAUGUGCCAACAAUUGUCUCGAAAUGGGGGAACAGUUACGACAGGAUAGGGAAGAACACCUGAGGCUUCUUAAGGAGGGGAACGCCAUUCGCGAGCAAUAUAUUACUGAAGCGAAACAAAAGAAAGAGAACUCCAAACAAGAACUCGAAGAAUUGAAACGAAGGAAACAAGAGGUGGAGGAGGAGAAGAACACGAAGGAUGCCAUCAAGAAGGACGCGGAGGACAGGGAAAAGGCGGCGCUCGACGUCUAUAAGGAAAUGGAGGAUAAGAUAAAACGCGAAAAAGAAGAACAGGAACUCGAGAAGAAUCAAGAGGUGGAGCGAAGGUUUGCAGAGCAGGCCUUCAAAGAAAUGGAUCUCAACAAUGACGGACUCCUGUCGUACACAGAAGUACAACAGUUCCCCAAAUUCGACAAAGACGGCGACGGAACUGUCACUGAGGAUGAGGCAAAGUUCUUCAUUCACGCGGCCACUGAAAUGGCAAUCGACGAGUUUGUGGAGUCGGGUUGGGUUAUAAUGAAACCCUUUUAUCUGAAGGAUAAACGAUUGUAUGAAUUCCAAACACAGGAACAGACAGAAUAUGAACAAACAGAUACUAAUCCCUCAGAAUCUGAACCCUCUCCCGAUACCAGUGAUAAUACAGAAACAGAACCCAUUGAUGAGCCCACUGCUGAUGAGAGCGAACCACUGCCUGGAGAGGACGAGGAGGAAGAGGACACUCCUCCGCCUUUCUUUCCACCCAAAGAUCCAGAGCCUGAGACCACGACUACACCACAGGAGCCUUCACUUGAAUACGACGACGAAACCAAACAAUUGAUAGAAAAGGCCAAACAGGCGAGAGAUACCUACUCUGAGGUGGAGGGAAGGUAUUUGGACAUCACUAACAAGAUUCGCGAAAUCGAAGUCACUUUCGAGACUGAUUUCGGACCCAAUGAUGAGUUUAUGGCACUUCAGGGCCAGUGCUUUGAGUUAACGGAUCUCGAGUACACUUAUAAGUUGUGUCCAUUCGAUAGCGCCUCUCAACGACCCAAAAACGGUGGCUCUGAGACUAGUUUAGGUCGUUGGGGCAAAUGGUUUGGCGACGAGAAUAACAAAUACACGCGAAUGAAGUACGAAGGGGGCGCCCAGUGCUGGAACGGACCCGUUAGGUCUGUCACCGUACACCUCAGCUGCGGCACCGAGAAUGAGGUGUUGGCCGCCUCCGAGCCCUCCCGAUGUGAAUACGCGUUCGACUUCAGGACUCCAUCCGUGUGUUGGGGCCAACAGCACACGCAAAGACUGUCACCGAUUGGUUGGUUGACUCGAGAGUGCGAUCGACUGCCGGAAGCGAUGGCCAAACGAAAGAAGGGUUCGUCUGAGAGUUCGGACGAAGAGGUGUCGCACUCGAAGGCGAGUCGUGUGUCGAGCGACUCGUCCUCGAGUUCUGAUGGAGAGGACGGCGACUGGAAUGCGAAGAAGACGUCGAAAGUGAAGACCAAGAAGAAGGCGAAGCGAGCCGUCAAACAGGAGGCGGAGAGUGAGGAGAGAGAGGAGGGAGAGGUGGAGGACGACGACGAGGACGUCGAGGAGUUCAACGACGGCUACGACGAGAACCUGUUGGGCGACGAAGACGACCAGAAGAGACUGUCACUCAUGACUGAGAAGGAGAGGGAACAGGAGCUCUUCAAUCGGUCCGAGAAACGAGAGGUUCUGAAGACGCGCUUUGAGAUCGAGAAGAAGCUCCGGAUGGCGAAGAAGAAGGAACUCAACAAAAGCCAAACGGAUGUCUCGCAGAGGAGUACCGAAAGGCGCCGUAAUUUGGAGGACAAGAGGAAAGUGAAGGACGCCAUCAAAGACUUGAAGUCCAUUCGCGAGAAGAAGAGGGAGAAACUGAAACAACAGAGACUCCGAGCGGCGGACGUCUACUCAUCCGACUCGGACUCCGACGACGACAAGAACGCCGGCCGCAAGUCAUCCACGUCUUCAUCGUCGUCCUCAUCCUCUUCGGACGAUUCAGACGACGAUAUUAAAGGAAAAUCGCGUAACGAAAACAGCAAUAAGAAGUCUUCGGACGACUGGGACGACCGCAACAGCGAUCGCGACGAAGAGGUGGAGGCGUGGGUCCUGACGGCGGAGCACUUGAAUGAGAUCCGUCUGUCGCGCCAUAAGAUGGAGCGCUGGUGUCACUCGCCGUUCUUCAAGGAGACGGUCACCGGAUGUUUCGUGCGGAUCGGCAUCGGUCUGAACCCGACCACCAAAACCAAUCGCUAUGUGGUCGCGCAGAUCACAGACGUGACGGAGACGCCGAAGGUUUACAAUUUGGGCAAAACCCGGACCAACAAAGGCAUCAAAUUGAAACACGGAAGGCAAGCCGAACGCGUGUAUCGACUCGAGUUCGUGUCGGACACCGCCAUCCAGGCCGUGGAGUUCCAGCAGUGGACCGCCUCUAUGGACAAAGACCGCUGCGAACUGCCCUCCAAAGAGUUCUAUGAGCGCAAGAAGCGGGACAUUCAGAACGCACUGAACUAUAGCUACACCAACGAUGACAUCGAGUCCAUAGUCCAGGAGAAGGAGCGCUUCCACAACCGUCCCGUGAAUUACGCGAUGAAAAAGAAUAGUCUUAUGAGAGCCAAAGAGACCGCGGAACUGAUCGGUGACAACGAAACCGUCGAACGCAUCCUUCAAGAGAUCGACGAACUGGAGGCCGAGGCCAAGAAGUUGGACAAAAAGAGGACUCAGAAUAUUGCCGCCAUUUCGUACAUCAAUGAACGCAAUCGUAUGCGGAAUAUAUUGGAGUCCGAGAAGGCGUUGGUAGAGCAGAGCGCCGCCCAAAAGGCCGAUGACUCGCAGGACCCGUUCACUCGCCGUAAAUGCAUGCCUACUAUGAUUCAUAUGUUCAACAAAAACAAACAAAUGAAUCAAUCGAUCAAAUCGGAAGUGGACUCCUCUGCGGAAGACUUGAAUAAAUCGGUUUCCAUUGCAGAAUCUACUGAAGAGAAGGGCAAAGAUGUCACACCCAGUGAUCAAAGCAACGGUUCGGACUCGUUGUUUAAGACUCCGGUGGCCAUUGAGAAGCCGCUAUCGCCCGGUCAUCACAACGACCUCUUCUCUGCCCAUAAUUUCGACAUUAAAAUCGAUUUCGAUGUCGACAUCGGAAUCGCCGCCACAUCUUCGGCCAACAGCUUCUCAAACAGUUCGUUCACUUCGAGCAACAGUUCAUUCAUGACUCCGAAGCCCACUAACAGACGAUCACUGAAUUUAGACGAAUAUAAGAAGAAAAAGGGACUCAUUUAA